GAUCCAGAGAACAGGGAGGGGAUUAUCUGCUUAUUUCGGUCAUCUUUCUGUCUGGACACAAGCUCGAGCUUGCAACCUCAGCUAGGGGGAAUGACCAUCUAAGCACUGCAGGUUUUUCCCAUGCCAGUUGAUUUCACGAUCCAGAGAACAGGGAGGGGAUUAUCUGCUUAUUUCGGCCAUCGCUCUGUCUGGACACAAGCUCGAGCCUGCAACCUCAGCUAGGGGGAAUGACCAUCUAAGCACUGCAGGUUUUUCCCAUGCCAGGUAUCUUCUCUCUUCCAAGGAACUCUUACCCAAUGCUGCCCAUGCAAGCAUAGAGAGCAACUGAGAGCCUGAGACCCGUGAUCUUGGUCAGAGAGCAACCACAUGGAAAACGGUAGGCAGCCUGAGUUCACCAUUGAACUGUCCGCCGUGGUUGCCCAGGGACCAGGGAAUGAUUUGGGUACUUGCAGCACCAGUCAAGAUUCCAUCAAUGGAUUGUCCAGCAGAUAUCUGUUAGCCGGUAGCCCUGAACCUGACACUGAUGUUGAUUUUGAGCUCCUGUGGAGACUACGGAAGUAUUUAGUACUUCUUGGAGUCCUAGCAGUUGGUGUGACAUACAAUGCUGGAUUAACACCACCAGGGGGAAUGUGGACACUAAACAAGGAUGGGCAUGAUGCUGGUGACCCAGUCCUGCAUGUUGGCUACUCUCUACGGUAUGAGCUGUUCUUUUACUGCAACGCAACAGCCUUUGCUGCGUCUCUUGUCUUAGUCAUCUUGCUUCUAAGUAAGAGUGUGUCGAGGCGGAAGAUGUGGAUCUAUUCAAUACGGUUGACCAUGAUGCUGGACUUAAUUAGCCUGCUGGGGGCCUUCGCUGCUGGAAGCUGCAGGGCACCGAAGUCAUCCACUUUCAUCUGGGUUCUAGUCUUUGCUGUUCUUGUGUAUGUUGUGAUUCAUACCCUAGUAUCCAGAAGGAGCUGCGGGGCUUUUAGAAAAAAAUUGAAGGAAAAGUUACAUACAGUGGUGGAUGGAAUUCUAUCCAGACGGGGUGCAAGCGUCCCCGAUAGGCAAGCAAGCAGCCAUCUGGAGAAAGAUGUUGAGGAGGCUCGUAAGUUCAUUUUGAUGCUUGCAACUUUUGCUGGUACCAUCACAUACCAAGCAGGAUUGAAUCCACCUGGAGGCUUUUGGGCUGAAAAUCAGUAUGAGCAUCGUCCAGCUACGUCAGUUCUCCGCAGUAACUACCUUCACCGGUAUAAUUUUUUUGUUAGCUGCAAUGCGACUUCUUUUGUGGCAUCUUUGGUCACAAUCAUUCUGCUUCUGAGCCCAGAAUUGAGCAGCCAUGGAAUAAGGUCCAAAGCAGUGACUGUGUGUGUGGUAGCUGACCUAUUCGGUCUGAUUGGGGCCUAUGCUGCAGGGUGCUGUAGGAGUAAAGGAACAUCUCUCUAUGUUGGGGUUAUUGGUUUCAUUGUAUGGAUCUGCUUUGCACUUUUAGCCGGGGCAUUUGUUUGCAAACCUGUAGCAGACUGGCUGAAAAAGAUCAAAAAUCUUAAGUGCAUUGAUACAUUUGGUCGGAUCUUUUCACUAGAGUCAGAUCAAAACAUACCAGGAAAUUCAGAGAAAGAUAAUUCGCAUGCAAUUCAUCAGCGUACUGCAGAGCUCGCAGCAGAUAUGCCACAAGAAGACAAUGCUUCUGAAACAGAACUCCGGGUUCCAGAGAUCAAAGGGGAUGAAUCCCAUGGGGAGCAUCAGCAUGCAGACAAACAGCAAAUCAUAAUUGCUGAGGAGACUGUACCAAGAUCAGAGCAACUAUUGGUGAAUGGCCUGCGAUCAGAAAAUACAAAAAAUAUUGUGUACAAUCAAGAUCAGUUUACAGACUACCAAUCAGCUGCAAAGGAUGCAGUGUCUGACACAGGACAUCCAUCAAUCAGAUGCCAGCAAGCUACAAAUACUGUGGGCAGUAUGUCUAGAGUUGAUAAUCAAUCUGCAGACAACAAGCAAGUUGAAAAUAAUAAGGAACAGUCUUCACCAACUGAUAUCUCAGAGACUACAGUAAAUACUGUCGACAAUAUGCCCAACAAGCAAGUUGCAAAUACGAAAGUACAAUCUUCAUCAACUGAUGAACUGAAGAAUGUAGCUGAGCUAGUGGAUGACUUCUCUGAUGAAUUAAUGACAGAUAAUCACUGCAAUGGAGCCACCAACGGUGUCACGGUACAGAUAGUACAUUCUGAUGUGCCCACGGAAACCAGUGAGCUUGAGAUUGUCGAAACUAAUAAAACUGCUGUAACUCUGGAGAAUGGCAAGAAUGAAGAAGAUCCCAGUGAAGUUACCAGCCAUGAAGAUGCUAAUGGCAGUGCAACUUCAGAGCAUCUGAAGAAAUCGCGCACAUAUCUACUUCUCCUUGCCAUUCUUGCAGUAUCUCUGACUUAUCAAUCGGGUCUGAAUCCGCCAGGUGGCUUCUGGUCAACAACAGAGAAUAAUCAUUUGGCCGGUGAUCCAAUCCUCGAGGACACUCACCAUCCGCGCUAUAUUGCAUUCUUCUAUCUGAAUGCAGUUGCCUUUGUUGCAUCCCUUGUCAUGAUUAUUAUGCUCCUCAACAAGAGGGUGAGCGACAAGGCUACAAAACGAUUUGCUCUUCAGAUUGCAAUGAUAGUGGACCUUCUUGCCCUAACGGGAGCUUAUGCUAUGGGGAGCUCCAGGAAGACAAACAAUUCCAUCUACAUUUCAUUUUUGUUGCCGGGCCUAGUACUUGCUUAUGUUGUUAUCCAUGUUAUGAUAGCACGUGUAAUCCCUAAAGAGGGGAAAAGAUUGGCGGCUAUGCUGAGGCACUUCUCGUGCAAGCAUUUAUGGCCCAAAGGGCAUCAGGCUGGGGAUGUUAGCGGGAAGGACUGGGAGCGGAGGCGUAACCUACUGUUGAUGCUUGCUGUUGUAGCUGCAACUGUUACAUACCAAGCUGGUAUGAACCCCCCAGGAAGUGUAUGGUCUGAUGACAAGCAUGCCAGUGGAACUCCAGGCAAUCCAAUCCUUCAGCAGAAUCAUUCAAAACGGUACAAUGUGUUCUAUUACUCAAAUUCAUUCACACUUGUGUCAUCUGUAGUUAUCACAAUACUACUUGUGAACAAGGCAUCCUGUGAGCAUGGCAUCAACUCAUAUGCACUGCGAGUAUGUCUGGUUGUGGGCUUGGUUGGUCUCUUGAUUGCCUAUGCCGCAGGAAGCUGCAGGAAAGCAAAAGAAUCUAUUUAUCUCAUCAUCAUCGCCAUUGCAGUUCUGAUCUCUCUUGUGAUUCAAGUCCUUAUACUCUCUUCGACACAAGAAACAGUAGGAGGGCCACUGAGCACAUUCGUGGAAGAGCAGCUGAAGCGGCUUCUUCGUCUCAAAGAGGUCAGGCAAGUAGCUGUUUCUGAGCCGCAAGGAAGUUCAGAUCAUCAUGGGAAAAGAGAGAGAAAGAGGCACAAAUAUCUGAUGCUCAUUGCAGUUUUAGCAGCCUCCGUCACAUACCAAGCUGGUCUGAACCCGCCUGGUGGUUUCUGGUCUGAUGAUGCUAACCACAUCGCAGGCAAUCCAGUCCUUCACGAUAUCCAUCCCUGGCGCUACCGAACAUUCUUCAUCUUCAAUGGUAUCUCUUUCAUGUCAUCUAUUGUCGUGAUCAUGUGCCUAUUGAAUAAAUCUGUCAGGAAGAAGGAUGUUCCGCUUCAGGUACUGCACUUGAUCAUGAUACUAGAUCUGCUAGCUCUCAUGACAGCUUUCGCCGCGGGAAGCUGCCGGAAAUUCAGGACUUCGGUGUAUGUCUAUGGGCUAGUGAUUGCUGUUGUAGUAUACCUUGUGAUUGCAAUAGGUGUAGCGAGCAGCAUUGCGAAAUAUCUGAGACAAGGGGGAAGAGAUGAGCAGCGGCCCCUCCCAAGACAUCCUGGAAGUGCUUCGAUAACAAACUCGACGGUUGCACAGCAAGUUUGAAGGCUCUGUUUCUAUGGGGCAAGAUUAAGAAUCGGUUUCCAUUCUUAUCUACAAUUAGUUUGUGUGUUGUAGCCAACUUUUUUCCCGAAAGUUCCAUCCAGCUUAACUUGAAAGCUGUUAGGUGCUGUUGUGUAUUCCAGCAUGACUGUAAUUUGGACUCGAGCCAUAAACUGCAUUUCUUUUAGGCGUCCAUACACUCUUAGACAUUGUAAUGGAACUGC